CCCACGACGCUCUAACGGACGCCAGCCACAUAAACUCUGGUUUAAGCCUCAAGCCACCCAAUUCCUUGAAUCAGCAGUUCUUGGGCGUCACUGCUGAUUUUGAGACUCCUCAAAGUAUCCAUUUUUAUCGAAUCCACCACAGGGGAUCUGAUUUAAGUGGUCUUGGUUACUGCAUACAUCUCUCGAACUGUCGAUGUCUUCUAUAUGUGCACUAUCGCCUUCGGUACGGUUAGAGCUAACUAAAGCUAGACUCAUUGCUCCUUUGCCAUUAUACCAUCGAAGCAAAUGUGAAAUGAGCAGGAGGAGUUUUACAGCGAAAGGAAUUGUGGCCUCUGGUCUUUCGGUUAUGGAAUCCACUCUGACUGCUAAACCAGCUCAAGGAGUUGAAAGAUUACCAUACAAACCAGAAGGGUACAAUUAUUGGACUUGGAGGGGUCAUAAGAUACACUACGUAGUGCAGGGAGAAGGCUCUCCAGUUGUCCUUAUUCAUGGUUUUGGGGCCUCUGCGUUUCACUGGAGGUACAAUAUUCCAGAAUUGGCUAAAAGACACAAGGUUUAUGCGAUAGACUUGCUGGGAUUUGGGUGGAGUGACAAAGCUAUCAUCGAGUAUGAUGCCUUGGUUUGGAGGGAUCAAGUGGUGGACUUCUUGAAGGACAUAGUAAAAGAGCGAGCUGUUUUAGUGGGAAAUAGCCUUGGAGGAUUUGCUGCUUUGGUUGCAGCGACUGGAUUGCCAGAGCUCGUCAAUGGAGUUGUUUUGCUAAAUUCUGCCGGGCAAUUUAGUGAUGGAAAUAUCAAAAGUAAACAUUCUGAAGAAACACCUCUGCAGAAGUUUGUGGUGAAGCCCCUGAAGGAAAUCUUUCAGCGUGUAGUUCUGGCACUUUUGUUUUGGCAAUCAAAACAGCCAGCUCGCAUUGAAUCUGUCCUUAAAAGUGUUUACAUAAAUGCCGCCAACGUGGAUGACUAUCUUGUGGAAUCUAUAACAAGGCCAGCCACGGACCCCAAUGCUGGAGAAGUUUAUUACAGAUUAAUGACGCGCUUCAUGAUGAAUCAGAGCAAGUACACGCUGGACGGGGUCCUAAGUGAACUGUCCUGCCCGUUGCUGUUGUUGUGGGGUGACCUAGACCCAUGGGUUGGCUCUGCCAAGGCUAAGAGGAUCAAAGAGUUUUAUCCAAAUACGAGUCUUGUGAAUUUUCAGGCAGGGCACUGUCCUCAUGAUGAGAUUCCUGAUGCCGUGAACAAGGCAUUGUUGGAAUGGUUGUCAACUUUAACUCCUCAAGAAUCUCUCCAGGCAAUGUGAAUAUGGGAAAGUUUUUGUGUGAUAUUAAUAUUCAUUGAGUUCAGUUCACCAAAUCAAAUGCCUAAGCAAUAGGUUGGGGAAAACGGGAAAACCUCGUGUAUAUUCUGCAUACCUGCACCUUUUUGGAGUAUAGUCAUAGUCCUCUGACUCCUCUCUCUUGUAAAACUCGCAUUUGUUUUAAUUAAGAUAGCUUUUGACUUUUCAAA